GUACAGUUUGGAUGGACAGGCGGCAGAUGCAGCCAUGAGGAUUCUUCAAAUUGUGAUACUGACCUUGAUCGUAGCCCAUCCCGAUCAAGUUCUGUCCGCCCGCAAGCGCGGCAAGGACAAAAAAGCGGAUGCCAAGGGAGGUCCUUGCGGGAAACCCUACCUGAGGCAGCUGAAUGGAAGAUGCUACUACUUCUCCGUUAAGAAGAUGAACUGGUUUGGGGCCCAGAACAAUUGCCUGCGGAAGGGCCUCAAUCUGGCGGAUUUGGGCAGUCCGGAGGACUACAAAGCGGUGCUGCGCUUCCUGAACAUGCGGGGCAACAUGGAGGACUAUUGGUUCGGGGGCAACGACCUGCAGGCGGAGGGCCGCUUCACCUACAUCAGCAAUGGUCGCAUGGUCCGCUACAUGGGGGAACUGGGCUUGGUGGAGCCGACGCAUCGCUCCAACCUGGACGACUGUCUGGAGGUGAGGCUGCGGGAGAACAGCACCAUGGUCACCGACGACAACUGCCUGGAGAAGCAGUACUUCGUCUGCGAGAAAUCCGAGCAGAAGUGCGCCACGCCCACGAGCGACGCGGUGGACAACACGCAGCACAGCCACGAGCACUUGCAUCACUUCCACCACGACCCGGCAAAAGGAGAGAACAAGGGAGGGAGCGUUCAGGAAGGUAUGGAAAGCGAUUCGCGGCCGGUUGAUAAUACGAAUUCAGCGGAGGUUGGGGAAUCGAGCCUUGAGGCACCGCAGGCGCCGGAGGAGCCAGCAGCAGCGGAGCCAGGGGCAGAGCCAGGGGCAGAGCCAGGGGCAGAACCAGGGGCAGAACCAGAACAGGGAGCCGCACCGGCACCAGAGGAGGAGGGACCGAUCGACGAGAGUUCACCUGACGAGGGUCCAUCUGACAAGAGCGCAUCCGACGAUGAAACUAAAGACCAAACCACUCCGUCUACUAGCAGAAGUGAACCUCCAGCGGGUGCUGAGAACCCACCAGCAGAGGGAGGCGUCACCAGCCCUUCCGCGGCUCAAGCUGCUCCUGGUGCCAGCGUCCAGCCAGAAGGUGCCCAAGCCACGACCCCCGGCACACUCGAGGGUGCUCCGAGCGCCCAGGCAGGCCCAGGUGGCGAAGCCAUCGCCACUGCUGGUCCAGGUGCCGAAGCUCCAGCAACUGGCGAAGCUGCGGGCGGAGAAGCAGCUCCCGGAGAAGGCGGCGCAACUCCGCCGGCAGAAGGUGGAGAAGCUGCUCCCGGUGAAGGCGGAGCAACUCCACCGGCAGCAGGUGGAGAAGCUGCUCCCGGUGAAGGCGGAGCAACUCCACCGGCAGCAGGCGGAGAAAACACAGCUGGUGAAGGCGGAGCAACUCCACCGGCAGAAGGAGGCGCAGCUAAUGCAGGAGAAGCAGGAGCAGCUAAUGCAGGAGAAGGCGGGGAAGUUGCAGCGGGCGAAGGAGGAGCAACUACGGCAAGUGAAGGCGGAGAGACUAAAGCCGGCGAGGGGGGAGAAAGCAAAGCGGGCGAAGGUGGAGCAACGCCUGCCGGAGAAGGUGGAGAAACAACAGCCGGAGAGGGCGGAGCUACUGCUGCGGCAGAAGGUGGAGAAACUACAGCCGCGGGAGCAGCUGCUGAAGGUGCCGAAGCCACCACUGCUGCCGGUGCUGAAGGUGCCGAGGCCCCCAAACCUGCCGCUGGUGAAGGUGCCGAAGGUGGUGCCGAAACUGCUGCAGUCGAAGGGGAAGCGACUGCAGCACCUGCAUAAGACCCCCCCCUGACCCAACCCACUGAACCCCACUGAAGCGAAUGUCUAGUAAUCUAAGGGAUCGAUGAAUAUAAAUACAAAAAUAUGGUUGAGUUUU